CACGUGAUCCGAUGUGUAUCAAACCUGAUUGAUGGGCUGGUCCGGGCAUCGCCGUCUCAGACUCGGUCCCAACAUGGCUGGCAAGAAGGGCUCUUCGUCUAAAUCUAGCAAGCCCAAGAACGACGGAGAUGAGGGCGGCAAGUCCGGCAGCGGCAAGCUAAAGUCAGCCAACUCGGUCAAAGUGAGGCACAUCUUGUGCGAGAAGCACUCCAAGUGCAUGGAAGCUCUCGAUAAGAUCAAGGUCGAUGGAAUGCGAUUCGACAAGGUUGCGGAGAUUUACUCUGAAGACAAGGCCAAGGCAGGAGGAUCGCUUGGCUGGAUGGUGCGAGGAUCCAUGGUUGGUCCCUUCCAGGACGCCGCCUUUGCUUUGACGCCCAGCACCUGCGAUGCCCCCAUCAUCACCGAUCCGCCAAUCAAGACCAACUUUGGCUACCACAUCAUCAUGGUCGAGGACCGAAAGAACUGAGAAAUUGGCUGCUUUGCCCUCUGUGGGCUCUAGUGUUCUGUCAUUGUGUCUCGCCCAUCGACUCGCACGGACGGAAAUACAGCGAUCUAUGGCGCCGCUGCAGUCUGGAUGACCAAAGCGAUGAUCAAAGCGAUGAUCAAAGCGGUGAUCAAAGCGAUGUGCUGGACUGACCUCAUGCCGGCCGCGUCGCACAGCCCAAAACAGGCAAGACCUGUCCCACAGCCGCCGUUGGUGUUUUGGUUGGCCCGUCG